AUGUCUCAGCAAGCCUCAGCAGCCGGAAUCAACACGAACUGCCUCUAUACAGUAUCCGUAUACGCAAGAAGCAGCCUCCGGCCAAGGGACCCGGCGAGCGACAGCCAUUCGCAUCUGCCAACCCCGCUGGAGCCGCGGGACUGGGACCUUGACGCCAUACCCGCGCCGUCCUUGGGAUCCCCCUUGCUGGCGUUGUCUGCCGUCGGGACCGAUGCGCUGCCCUAUCUUUGCAAAGUCAGCAUAGCAUACCACGGCCUUCCCCUACGACCGGUACGACGCACAUUGUACCGGAUGGAGUUGUGUCUGGCAUGGCAGCGCAGGAAUCCUGGUGUGCCCAACUUUGGCGCGGCCGCAACACCCAUCAAUCAUGGCGCUGCUUAUGACAGGCAGGCCUUUUCUGACCCUCCACCGCGCGCCACCCUCGCUGCCGUGCUGCGCCCAAUGAAGAGACCGCAGCCGGCAUGCGAUUCGCAGCGCCCAUCUGGACGGAGCAUUUUAGUCUCUACCCCAGUCAUGGCCCGUUCGCUCCCGCGGACAGGGCUGGCUCAACCACGCGGCGGCGUCUCCACCACGUCUCUCCCCCCGACAUGGUUCUGUCAGCCUCGGACCGGGUCUGGCUGCGCUGUGGGAGCUCUGGUUGGAGCUCUGGCUGGCCGGGGCGUGCGCCAGAGGGAUUGGAGGCACGUCCUGGCGCAUGUACCCAGUACGAGCGGCGCGCGAGCUGAUGCUGUCGACACCGCUUGGAGAGCGACUCGGGCUCGUCCCAUGCCGUCUUGUCUGGCUCUACAUGCACCCCAUAGCUCAGCUGCCAGCCCACGGCUCGUCAUGGAACCGGGAUCAUGA